CCUGCUCCGGCGACGACGACGAGGGCAACGAAGAUACCAGCCCCUCGUGGCAGCGCUCCCGCACAACUCCCUCCGAUAACCCAUCACCGCCCACACGCCGAGAGAUCGAAGUAGCAGCACGGUGCGCAGCUGCCGCUCCCCAUCGCAGCCUGACACAGGUCCUCGCGCUCGCAAUCACCCUCGCACGUCGCUCCGCGCCGCCGCCGUCAUGUACGGUCAAGCACACCAUCGGCCCGAUACAGCCGGCAGCGUUAGCUCUCUACCGAGAAAUCAGCAACAAUCCGCAUCGGCUGGCGCCAGUACCGCCCCACCGCCGCCUCCCGCCGCAGGCUGGACCGGUCCGGACGCGUCGCAGCGCCAUCCGCACCUGCAUCACAACCCGCACCUGCAUCAGAACCCACACGGCUCCGAGCCGUACUACCCCGCCAUCCCGCCAGCACCGGCACCCGCGCCGCAUGGAAUCAUGCAAGCAGGCAUCGCCGUCCCCGUCAGUACUCAGCACCCGUACGGUGGCACCGCCUCCGCCAGCGCCGCGACACCCAGCAAGGACAGCUUCUCGGACGAACUACAGGUCGUCAUGCAGCUCGGCGGCGAAGCGGCCUCGCCGCAGACGGCUGCCCAUGGCGCUCCGUCGCGCAAGCGCAAGAGUGGGGGUGAUAGCGGUGGUAGUACCAAAGAAGGAGGAGGCAGAGAGGCCGGUCGCGGACCGCGUGCGAGCGGAGCGAACAGCGCGGCGCAAACAGCCAACGGCAACGUCGCCGCCACCGCUGCCCUCACUGCUGGCACCGUCGGUAUCGACAGCGAAAACGAGGGUAGUCCCAACACCCAUCUUGGCGGAAGUGGCAACAAGCAGUCGCGCCCUGGCAAGGUGCGUAAGGUGGUCGUGACGUCGUGCGACGCGUGCCGCGCGCGCAAGCUGCGCUGCAAUGCCAAGGAGCUCCCGCUCGGCGAGGCAUGCUCUAACUGCGUUAAGUCCAAGGCCGCAUGUUCGUUCGACUACUGCGCAGACACAACUGGCGGCACCAUCCGUCUGCGCAACCGCGUUGCCGAGCUCGAUGCCGGCGCCGCCAUCGUCGCUACCGGUGGGCUCGCGCAGCUCGCGAGCCUCGCGGGCACAGGUGGCCACGCUUCUACCGGUGGUGGUGGUGUCGGCGGCGGCGGAGGCGCUGGCAGCCGUGGUGUCGGGGAAUUCCGCAAUGGCCCUACAUGGCACUCUGGGUUCGGCGCAGACGUCGAGGCGUUCCGGUACGCCAACGAGGACCCUUCCAGCUGGUCGAUUCCGCUCGUGAUCACUGCGCCGCAGACGGGGAUGCAGGCAACAUACGCGCUGCAGGGUGUUGUCGACACGCUCCUCGCGCGCUUCUUUGAGCAGGGCACGCUCGCGACGAUGAUCAUGUUCAAGGACGACGUCAUGAGCCGCUACACGGCGCAGCAACAAGCCGCCGCCACUGCGGCAACGGGCAUGCUGCCGCCCGCAGAGCAGCAGCACCCUGAGGGCCCGCUUCCCGCGUUCCUGAUCCUCGCCAUGCUCGCGUGCGCGGCCGUGUCGAGUGUGACGAGCGAGCCGGAGCUCAUCGAGUGGGGCAAGACCGUCGGCUGGCACCUCGCGCUGCGCGGCGUACAGCGCCGCCUUGCUACGGAGGGUGUCCCCGACCUCGACCUACUUCAGGCCAUCGUCCUUGUCAGUGCAUGCUGGUGCGGCGAUAACCCCAACUCGCAGGAGCGCAUUGCGCUCUUCGAGACGGCGUUCCGUCUCGCGUACGACAUGAACCUCACCUCAUCGCUCGACACCAACCGCCUUGCGCUGGACAUCAAAGCGAAGCGCAUCGUCAUCUUUUGGGUGCUUUACGCGCUCGACAAGGCCAUGGCCAUCAUCACGCGCCGGCCUGUCCAACUCGACAGCGAGCUACACUCGAUCCCGCGUCUUAGCCUAACGGACGUCGUGCGUGCGCGCGCAAAAGGCACCCCGCGCGCGCUCGCCCCGGACCCACGCGCGAAUAACGAGGACGUCUGGACAUGCCGGCUGCUCGAAGCGUUCGUCUCUCUCUGUGCUGUCUUUGAGAAGACGCGCUUGCCGAUGAUCGAGCGCCGCGCCAUGCAGAGCCUCACGUUCCGCGCCAUGCAGAACCAGAUCUCUUCCGUGGAGGGUGAGCUUGAGGAUUGGUGCCAGAACCAUGGUGAGCUUCUUUCCACCGCCACCUGUGAAGGCCAGGUUUUUCAGGGUAUUGCCGAGGGCCUCGUCGUCAUCCUCCACGUUGCACAGUUGCAGCUCUACUCGCCCACGCUCCGCUACGAGUCGCGCCAGGCGUCCAAGGUCCCCAUGAAGUUCUCAGACAGUAAUAGCAAGGCGCUCACCGCGUGCAUCGAGUCCUCCUGGCACCUCAUUCAGCAGCCCGAGAGUCGCUUCGCGCUCGCAGGCGGCAGCGCCGAUCGCCCGAGCAUGGGCACGCUCGCGUCGACCAUCACCACACUCGGCGUCGUCCGCGCCACGCAGUUCCUCCGCUUCCUCAGCACAACCUGGGCCGACUGGCGCCAAGGAUACGGCAUGCACGACUGCCUCCCACGCGCCUCGGUGGACACGCAGCAGAACCUGGUAGCUGCAGCUGCAGCAGCCGACGGUCAGCACGUCGACCCUGCCCUGCAGGCACAGCAGGAGAAGGAGGAGCAGCAACCGACUUCACAGCAAAGGGUAACCAGUACAGAUAAAGGGACAGGUGCUUCUGGCCGCAGUAAUCGUGCCACAAACACACCACACUCCGAGCCAUGGGGUGCGCCUCCACCCGCGCCCUCGACCACGGCUGGCGGAAGGCGCGGCCGCAAGCAAGUUCCAGCGCCGCUCGACUUUGCAUCGCCGCAGAACAGCACCAGCAGCUCUUCCGAUACUUCCGCCGCGACGGAUCAGCAGGCUAAGGACGGCGCAAAUGUCAAGUUUACCCACAUGCAGCCGACACCGACGACACCGGCGCGCUUCCUGUUCGAGAUGCCCAGGACUGCUAGCCUCAACGGCUGGAUGGGAUCCAUGCCUGGUGCCAUGGGCGCCAUGAUGACGCCGCUCCGCCCGGAUUUCCUCGGUGGCCUCGACCUCAAUAUUCCGUGGGAAUAAGAGCCAACAAAUAGGCGCCUCGCAUGUCCAGAAAGAUACCCUCCAGUUGCCUUCCGUGUUGUCUUCGGAAAAAAGCCGCUCC